AAACAUUACACGCCAAAGUUUAACGUACUAGUAAAAGAGCUUCAGACAUGAUCCAAAAGAGUGAGCAGGGGAAAAGAGACUGGGACAUGAAUUAACAAUAUAGUCAAAAAAGAAGGAGGGAAAGCACAGGCUUGUGGAUUGAAACUCUAGGUUUUUAUCUCAGGGAACAUUGAAAAUGACACGCACCUUACCACAGUUGGUCAGAGAAUACCUGGCCAACCGCCAGAUUCACAAAAAUCGUUUGGUUACCAAAAAUGGCCACUGCAACAUUGCAUAUGGCAGUGUGAAACAAAGCCAUUUUUUCAUCCACCUCCUAGAUUUCUGGACCACCUUAAUGGAUAUGCGCUGGCGUUUUGUCAUCUUUCUCUUUGGAGCCUCCUUAGUGUUUGGCUGGUUCUUCUUCGGAUUAUUCUGGUAUUGGGCUGCUUUUGCUAAUGGUGACCUAACCUGGCAAAACCCACCUGCUGGCCAUAAACCUUGUGUAGAAAAUCUUUUUGAUAUGAAAGGCUCCUUCCUUCAGGCUAUAGAGACUCAGAUGUCCAUUGGUUAUGGUUAUCGACUCAUCACCCCAUAUUGCCGUAGCGCUCUGACCAUUUUCACAAUUCAGUGUGUCUUUGGGACAGUGAUUAUCUGCUUUUGGUGUGGGGUGAUAAUGACUAAAGUUGCAAGAGGCAAAAAAAGAUCCAGAACCAUCAGUUUUAGCAAGAUGGCAGUUAUAUCUUCUCAAAAGGGCAGUCUCUGUUUACAGAUACGAGUGGCCAAUAUGCGCAAAUCUCUCAUGGUUGGGAGUCAGAUCUAUGGCAAACUUCUUAAGACAACCGUCACUCCUGAAGGUGAGACCAUUAUAAUGGACCAGAUCAGGAUAGAUUUCAUUGUAGACGCUGGAAAGGACAAUCUAUUCUUUGUCUGCCCUUUGACCCUGUACCACAUCAUUGAUGAAUCAAGCCCAUUUUUCCAAAUGACAGUAGACACCCUUCACCAGCAGGAGUUUGAGUUAGUGGUGUUUCUCGAUGGCACUGCCGAGUCCACCAGCUCCUCAUGCCAGGUCAGAACUUCCUACCUACCUAAAGAGAUCAUGUGGGGCUAUGAGUUCCUCCCUAUCAUCUCCCGCAGCAAAGAGGGAAAGUAUCAUAUAGAUUUCUCCAACUUUGCCAAAGUGGCUCCUGUAGCUACACCACCUUGUGCUAGUCAGUUUGCCAAACCUCCAGACGGCUUUCACGAUACUGAGACUGAUUAUAACAGGUUUCAAGAGAUGGAAGUUAAAGACCAGUUCUGUGCUACCAGUUUGUAAUGCAUGUAAGUGUUGUUUAAAUAUUUGCAUUAACCUUAAGGGUGAAAGCUUGUUAUGUUCAUUCCAAAAUCUUAAGCCUUUAUGUCUCCUUUCACUGCAAUUCAGAAAUGUGAUUUUGGUUAUUUAUGGUCAUAAAUAUUGCAUUCAUUAGAAUUAUAAGAAAUGUGGUUGUCUAUGAAGAAUAAUGUGUGCAGAGUACCUUUGUCACCUCACAGAUCCAGGGUCUCAGCGUGAUAUGUGUGUAUUCCUGGCAUACAUCCAGUGUUCCCAGGAUUGGCUCUAGAUUCACUGUGACUGUAAAAUGAAUGAAUAAAUGAAUGAAUGAAUGAAUGACUUGAUGUCAUCACUCAAUUGGUUUUGAUAUGUGCAUCAUGCAUCAUACUGUACUUCCCAUGAAUCUACCCAUAUGAGGACCCUCACUAAACUUUGCCACAAUAUUAAGAGAAACAGGUGUAUUGAAUGUCUUUGUAUGUUGUAGCAUUACAGUUUCCUCUCACGUGAACAACGUAGCCCAGCCUGACAAUGUCCCUGUGCACAAAUAACAGAGCUACAAGAAGAAAUGGUUUGCCAAAGUUGGUGUGGAAGAACUUGUAUAUCCUGCACAGAGCCCUGGCUCCGACUCAACCACAUUUAAGACCUUUGGGAUGAAAUGGAACACUAACAGCACCCUAGACCUCCUCACACACUAUCUUUGUCUGAUAAUUGCCUUCCAGAAAGAGUGGAGGUUAUUAUAAGAGCAAAAAGAGACUCAAACUGGAAAAGGGAUGUUCAACAAGCAUUAAAGU